GCAGCACGUAAGUCCCCUUGGUGCACGUCUGCACAUCUGGUGUUUUGACCUCUGAGAUACUUUUUGUCUGUCUGUAUUUGGAGAUUACCAGUAAAAGGUAAACGGCCUCCGCGGGUCACCCUGUGUCUCUACAUUAGGAUUUCACAUUGAAAGAAGCCAUGUUACGAAGGAGAGUGCCCUUCUCACAGAUCGCCGUAGCAACACUGCUUGGAAUCGCUGGUGGUUAUUAUAUUUACAGACCCUAUUUUGAGCCGGUGCAGAAGUCCUCAGAUCAACAAAACCAGGAUGUCCCAAAGACGGAUAAUAAAACGGACUGAAAUCCAACAGAAGCCAGAAGAAUACAGAUGCUGCUGGACUAUCAGAGCUGAAGGCCGUACCGACAGAAAGAACAGCAUGGAUACAUUCAUGCUUGUUUGGGGUUUUUUGUUUGAUUUGUUUUUGUACAAAAUAAAGUUUUUAAUUUGAUUCGAUAAUUUGA